AAGAAGAAACUCUCUUUCAAGAGGCUGGUUUUGCUGAACUCUUAACUUGAGCCACGUUUCAGAAAGAAUAAAAGUGUCCAUAUUGCAGCAGAACAUUCCUAUUGACAUGGGGGAGAAAGCGUAUAAAUGUACCGAGUGUGGAAGGAGAUUUAGUCAGCACAAACAUCUGCAGUCACAUCAAAGGACCCACACUGGGGAGAAACCCUAUAAAUGCCUGGAGUGUGGAAAGAGCUUCACUCAGAAUGGAAGUCUAAACAAACAUCAAAGAACCCACACUGGAGAGAAACCUUAUACCUGCUUGGAGUGUGGCAAGAGCUUCACCCACAGUGGAAAUUUACAUUCACAUCAAAGAAUUCACACUGGGGAGAAACCCUAUACUUGCCUGGAGUGUGGAAAGAGCUUCAGCCAGAGUAGAAAUCUACAUUCUCAUAAUAGAACCCACACUGGGGAGAAGCCUUACACGUGUGGGAAGUGUGGAAAGAGUUUCACUGACAGUAGAACACUUCAUAAACAUCAUAGAACUCACACUGGGGAGAAACCCUAUGCAUGCCUGGAGUGUGGAAAGAGCUUCGCUCAAACAGCACAUCUGCAUUUACAUCAGAGAACCCACACAGGAGAAAAACCGUUCUCAUGUCUGGAGUGCGGAAAGAGCUUCAGUCACAGUGGAACUCUAUAUAAACAUCAGAGAAUCCACACUGGGGAGAAACCCUAUACUUGCCUGGAGUGUGGAAAGAGCUUCACUCACAGCGCAACCCUGCAUAAACAUCAAAGGACCCACACUGGGGAGAAGCCUUACACAUGUGUGGAAUGUGGAAAGAGCUACACUGACCUUGGAACUCUUCAUAAACAUCAGAGGACCCACACUGGGGAGAAACCCUAUGUUUGCCGGGAGUGUGGAAAGGGCUUCACGGAGAGUGGAACCCUACAGAAACAUCAAAGAACUCACACUGGAGAGAAACCUUAUACAUGCUUGGAAUGUGGAAAGAACUUUAGUGAGAGUGGAAGUCUACAGAAACAUCAAAGAAUCCACACAGGAGAGAAACCAUAUACAUGCCUGGAAUGUGGAAAGAGCUUCACUGAGAGUGGGAGUCUACAUUCACAUCAAAGAAUUCACACUGGGGAGAAACCCUAUAAGUGUCCGGAGUGUGGAAAGAGCUUCAUGCGGAGGGGAAGUCUACGUCUGCAUCAAAGGACUCACACUGGAGAGAAACCUUAUACAUGUCCGGAGUGUGGGAAAAGCUUCACUGAGAGUGGAAAUUUACAUUCACAUCAAAAAACUCACACUGGGGAGAAACCCUAUAAAUGUAUGGAAUGUGGAAAGAGCUUCCCCCACAGUGGAAAUCUACAUAAACAUCAGAGGACCCACACUGGGGAGAAACCCUACAAGUGCAUGGAGUGUGGAAAGAGUUUCACUGAGAGUGGAAAUCUGCUCUCUCAUCACAGAACCCACACUGGAGAGAAACCCUAUCAGUGCCUGGAGUGUGGAAAGAGCUUUGCUCGGAGUGGAAGGCUAUUUUCACAUCAAAGAACCCACACGGGGAGAAUGCUGGUACUUGGCACCAGAGAGAUUCUCUUAAGAUGUACAGAGAAACUCUAGAAAUGUAAAUGAGAGCACACACAAUGUUUGGAUGUGUGAGCAACGGUUUAAAAAUGAUAUUAAUAUUACAAAAGUAAAAUAUAAAUGUUUUAAAAUACCUGAA